AUGCAACUCCCACCGAGAGCAGUGUCCCUCGCGGCACUUCUCCUCCCCCUCUUCGUAUCAGCACAAGACGCAGACAACACCCUCAACGUCUAUCAAAUGCCCGCCGAAGAGCCCGCGCCCUCGGGCCAAGUCCACAUGGGUUGCUACCAAGAACGCACCCGCGGCACCGCCCUCAUUGCAACAGACCAGGCCGGCACCACUGACGUCUCCACCUCGCAGGGCACCCGCUCCGACAAGAUGAGCCCGUCGACCUGCGCCACGUACUGCUCCCAGUUCAAAUCCAAAAUGUACGGCCUCUCCCGCGGCACCGACUGCAUCUGUGGCAACGCCCUGCGCGCAAACACCCAGGUGGCCCCGCUGAGCCAGUGCAACACCGCUUGCCGCGGUGACGACGGCGCUUUCUGCGGCGGCGUCAACUACGUCAACGUCUACGGCCCGGAGACGAUGAUGACGGCCGCGGCGUCCCCAUCCAAGGCCCAGCACAUUGGGUGCCAGCGCAUGCCCGCGCGCGGCGACCCCUUGGUCGAGUACCCCAAGCUUCGCUCUGCGCAAAUGACGGUGCAAAUGUGCCAGGACCACUGCGGGCUGUACCAAAGCAAGUAUUUUGGUCUCGGCGGCGCCGGGCGGGAUUGUUUCUGCGGCGACGUGCCGAGCGAUCGCGGCAACAGUGGAAGCAGCUUUUGCAAGACGGCAUGCGCGGGCGACAAGGGCGCAUUCUGCGGCGGCGGGACAGGCGCGGCCGGGUAUUACAACUUGUACCAGCUUGACUUUUCCCAGUCCCAGAGCAUCGGACAAUGGAGCGCCCUGGUCAAGUUCCCGGUGGUACCGGUUGCCGUGGCUUUGUUGCCCAAGACCGGGGAGUUGCUGGCGUGGUCUUCUGGUUGGAGAAACCGCUGGACCUUCCCCGGCAACGGAAAAACGUAUACCUCGAUUUACAACCCGUCCAGCAAGGAAGUCACUGAGGCCCUAGUCGAAAACACCCAGCAUGAUAUGUUUUGCCCGGGUAUCUCCAUGGACGCUGAUGGCCACAUCAUCGUUAGCGGAGGCUCCACUGCCGCCAAGACGAGUAUCUUUGAUGAAGAAACUAAUUCUUGGGCUGCCACUGGCGACCUGAAGAUCCCUCGUGGAUACCAGUCGAGCACGCUUACUUCUGACAACAAGGUCUUCACCAUCGGUGGCUCGUUCCGCGGUGGUGCUCAAGGGAAGCACGGUGAAAUCUACGACACUGUAAGCAAGGAAUGGAAGAAGCUCGAUGGGUGCUCGGUGACGCCCAUGUUGACCCAAGAUACUCGUGGCUCUUUCCGGGCCGAUAGCCACGCGUGGCUUCACGCGUGGAAGGAUGGAUAUGUGUUCCAGGCCGGCCCUAGCAAGGCGAUGAACUGGUACUCCACGCGGGACUCGGGAAGCGUCAAGGGUGCUGGAAACCGAGGAAGUGACAGCGAUGCCAUGUGCGGUGUCAAUGUCAUGUACGACGCUGUUGCCGGAAAGAUUCUCACCGUAGGAGGUGCUCCUCGCUACGACGGCGUUGCGUCGACCGCCAACGCCCAUGUCCUUACCAUCGGUGAGGCUGGCGGUGCUGUUGAGAUUGAGAAGCUUGAGAACGCCAAGUACAACCGCGGAUUCGCCAAUGGUGUCGUCCUUCCCGAUGGCAAGGUCUUCAUUGUUGGUGGUCAGAGCCGUACUGUACUCUUCUCGGACGCCAACCCGCAACUUUUCCCCGAAAUGUGGGAUCCUGCUACCAAGAAGUUCACUACGCUCAAGUCACACACCACCCCCCGUAACUACCACUCGGUAGCCCUUCUUAUGCCUGACGCGACCAUCUUCUCUGGCGGUGGUGGUCUUUGCAACGGAUGUACCGCCAACCACUUUGACGGACAGUUCUUCUCGCCGCCCUAUCUCUUUGAAGCUGACGGGCAAACUCUUGCCAAGCGCCCCGUCGUUUCCGACCUCUCAAUCUCCGAGUGCAAGGCCGGCGACAGCUUCACCAUUACUAUGGAUGAGGCGGCGAACUACACCUUCUCGAUGAUUAGGAUGGGCACUUCGACACACGCGGUCAACACCGACCAAAGACGUUGCCCUCUGGAGGCUCAGGCCAAUGAUAAUCAGUACACGGUGACUGUUCCCGGAGACGCCGGUAUCGCACUCCCUGGCUACUGGAUGUUGUUUGCUGUCAACGAAGCUGGCGUUCCUAGCGUUGCUAAGACUUUCAGAGUCGCAGUGUGA